CCAGCAGAAGACAAGCAAGACGGUUGCAGCUUGGGAGAUGAUCGGACGUACGUACAGCUGCAGGCGCAUUCAAAGGUGGCAAUGGCGGCAGAAAACGGGUCCUCGAGCACAACUUUCUCGGAAAUGGACGAAUAUUUCAUGCGGCAAGCUCUGCUUGAGGCCCAAAUCGCUCUUGAAAGAGAGGAGGUGCCUGUAGGGUGCGUGUUUGUCCGGAGGGGCGAGAUCGUGAUGCCGGGGAGCAACCGGACAAAUGAGAGUAGAAAUGGUACCCGACAUGCUGAGAUGGAAGCCAUCGAUGCGAUGCUUGACAUGUGGCGCUUCCAGGACGAGACACACGAGAGUAGCUGUGGGUGCCGCGAGGAUGACAUCAGCGCACGGUUUCGAGAGUGCGACCUAUACGUCACUUGCGAGCCCUGCAUCAUGUGCGGAGCUGCGCUGUCUCUCUUAGGAAUACGAAUGGUGUAUUAUGGCUGUGCCAAUCCGCGCUUUGGGGGCUGCGGAUCCGUGCUGUCGCUUCACACCGACGGGUGCCUGCCCUGCGGUGGGGGUGAAGACGAAGACGACGGGGGUUCGUUAGGCCAUACUUACGAGAGCGUAGGGGGACUCUUCGCAGCGGAGGCGAUUGAUCUGCUGAAGGACUUCUACGAGCAAGGCAAUCCGAACGCUCCCAAGCCGCAUCGAGCGGUCAAGAGUAGGUGAGCCAAAUCUGGUCUAUAAGAGCCGCAGUCUUUCAGA